UUCCCAAAAACCCUCGCAUCAGGUACCGUAACGCCUAACUUUAUGAAAACGACGCGAGUUCCCAGCACUCACGCGGGUCUUAUUAGGGCAUACAUUUGAAGCUGAGAUUAUUGUUGACGGCCAGGCCGACGCCGUCGCCGUCGCCGCCGUGCAAUGGCCGUUCACCUGGGACGGCGGCGCGGACCCCGUCAUCAACCUCAAAUAGGCUGUCUCUGAUGGCUCGUAUUCUAUGCAAGCCAAGCUCGACAAAUAUGGCAUUGAGAAUAACGCCAAAAGCUCGGUCAUAAGUAUUCCCUUAACCGAUGAAGCAUGGUCUCCAUUUAUCCUCGUUGGUAAGGAGAAGCAGCUAGUUGGCAACAACCCUCCAACCGACUGGAUGGCCAAAAAUCUGCCAUAUAUCGGAUGUUUAACACUACAGGAUAUAGUGAUGCCCGGCUCGCACGACGCAGGAAUGUCUGAGAUCAAUAACGCGCAUUUAGGAGACGCUGCCGACACCCAGACUCAGACGUUGAAUAUUACUGGUCAACUCUACGCAGGGGCUCGAUGGUUUGAUAUUCGUCCCUCGAUAUCUCACGGCCAAUUCUAUACGAACCACUAUAAAGACAGGCUCGGUGCUAACGGCGAAUCCAUAGCCGAUAUUAUCUCCGAUAUCAAUCGAUUCACGGCCAAGGGUUAUAAGGAACUCAUUAUUCUCGAGCUUAGCCAGACCCUAAAUACCGACGCAGGGUAUGAAGCCUUUACUGACGCUCAGUAUAGCAGUUUACUAUCCACAUUCGAAAAGACGUUGAAGCAUCUAUAUACUGGUCAUAGCCAUAGCGUUAUCACCAAGUUACCGCUUUCUGACUUUAUCAGUACCGGUCCGGCCGUGGUGAUCGUCUGCGACGAACGGGAUACGAGCUGGCUCAAGACUAACGGGUUCCAGGGCAAGGGUUUCUACUCGAGCACGCAGUUUCCCGUGUACAACAGCUACGCCGACACUACGGAGCUGGCCACUAUGCAGAAAGACCAGUAUACGAAACUCAUCGCUCAGACCGCUAAGCCGGAUAACUCGGCACAAUUAUUUCUUCUAUCUUGGACGCAUACUAUGGGCACGUACGAGAUUUUCGAGUCUGCCUUUGGCGGGCCAACUCUAAGGGAAUCAGCGGACUACUUCAAUCGUUUCCUCGCCCAGGCCGGUGGCACUGUCCCGUAUACUGGGCCUAUCACUUGGGUGGCAGAGAAGUCAGGACUACCAAAUAUCAUCAUGAUUGACAAUAUUGCUAGUGACGACUUCUUGACGGCCAUGGCCAUUGGAUUGACCAGGUUCUAUAACACGCAGUGUUAGGGAUUGUUAUAUCGAACAUGGAAAAAGUGUUAAUAUGUCUUGGGAUUGGCUUAUUGCAUAGUAGGGACAGGGGGACUCAAUUGUGAAUGAAUGAAAGA